UUCCCAGACGAUGGGUGGCCGGGCAGGGGCGCUCCUCACUUCCCAGACGAUGGGCGGCCGGGCAGAGGCGCUCCUCACCUCCCAGACGAUGGGUGUCCGGGCAGAGGCACUCCUCACUUCCCAGAUGGGGCAGCCGGGCAGAGGCGCUCCUCACUUUCCAGACGAUGGGUGGCCGGGCAGAGGCGCUCCUCACCUCCCAGACGAUGGGUGGCCGGGCAGAGGCGCUCCUCACCUCCCAGACGAUGGGUGGCCGGGCAGAGGCGCUCCUCACCUCCCAGACGGGGCGGCCGGGCAGAGGCGCUCCUCACUUCUUCCCGGACGGGGUGGCCGGGCAGAGGCGCUCCUCACUUCUUCCCGACGGGGCGGCCGGGCAGAGGCGCUCCUCACUUCUUCCCGGACGGGGCGCCUGGGCAGAGGCGCUCCUCACUUCAUCCCGGACGGGGCGGCCGGGCAGAGGCGCUCCUCACUUCUUCCCGGACGGGGCGGCCGGGCAGAGGCGCUCCUCACUUCUUCCCGGACGGGGCGGCCGGGCAGAGGCGCUCCUCACUUCUUCCCGGACGGGGCGGCCGGGCAGAGGCGCUCCUCACUUCCUCCCGGACGGGGUGGCCGGGCAGAGGCGCUCCUCACCUCCCAGACCAUGGGAGGCCGGGCAGAGGCGCUCCUCACUUCCCAGACGAUGGGUGGCCGGGCAGAGGCGCUCCUCACUUCCCAGACGGAGCGGCCGGGCAGAGGCGCUCCUCACUUCCCAGACAGGGUGGCCGGGCAGAGGCGCUCCUCACUUCCCAGACGAUGGGUGGCCGGGCAGAGGCGCUCCUCACUUCUUCCCGGAUGGGGCGGCCGGGCAGAGGCGCUCCUCACUUCUUCCCGGACGGGGCGGCCGGGCAGAGGCGCUCCUCACUUCUUCCCGGACGGGGCGCCCGGGCAGAGGCGCUCCUCACUUCUUCCCGGGCGGGGCGCCCGGGCAGAGGCGCUCCUCACUUCUUCCCGGGCGGGGCGGCCGGGCAGAGGCGCUCCUCACUUCUUCCCGGGCGGGGCGGCCGGGCAGAGGCGCUCCUCACUUCUUCCCGGACGGGGCGGCCGGGCAGAGGCGCUCCUCACUUCUUCCCGGACGGGGCGCCCGGGCAGAGGCGCUCCUCACUUCUUCCCGGACGGGGCGCCCGGGCAGAGGCGCUCCUCACUUCUUCCCGGGCGGGGCGGCCGGGCAGAGGCGCUCCUCACUUCUUCCCGGGCGGCGCGGCCGGGCAGAGGCGCUCCUCACUUCUUCCCGGACGGGGCGGCCGGGCAGAGGCGCUCCUCACUUCUUCCCGGGCGGGGCGGCCGGGCAGAGGCGCUCCUCACUUCUUCCCGGACGGGGCGGCCGGGCAGAGGCGCUCCUCACUUCCUCCCGGACGGGGCGGCCGGGCAGAGGCGCUCCUCCCCUCCCAGACGAUGGGAGGCCGGGCAGAGGCGCUCCUCACUUCCCAGACGAUGGGUGGCCGGGCAGAGGCGCUCCUCACUUCCCAGACGGGGCGGCCGGGCAGAGGCGCUCCUCACUUCCCAGACGGGGUGGCUGGGCAGAGGCGCUCCUCACUUCCCAGACGAUGGGUGGCCGGGCAGAGGCGCUCCUCACUUCCCAGACGAUGGGUGGCCGGGCAGAGGCGCUCCUCACUUCCCAGACGAUGGGUGGCCGGGCAGAGGCGCUCCUCACUUCCCAGACGAUGGGUGGCCGGGCAGAGGCGCUCCUCACUUCCCAGACGGGGCGGCCGGGCAGAGGCGCUCCUCACUUCCCAGACGGUGGGUGGCCGGGCGGAGGCGCUCCUCACUUCCCAGACGGUGGGUGGCCGGGCGGAGGCGCUCCUCACUUCCCAGACGGUGGGUGGCCGGGCGGAGGCGCUCCUCACUUCCCAGACGGUGGGUGGCCGGGCGGAGGCGCUCCUCACUUCCCAGACGGUGGGUGGCCGGGCGGAGGCGCUCCUCACUUCCCAGACGGUGGGUGGCCGGGCGGAGGCGCUCCUCACUUCCCAGGCGGUGGGUGGCCGGGCAGAGGUGCUCCUCACCUCCCAGACGGGGCGGCCGGGCAGAGGCGCUCCCCACCUUCCAGAUGGGGCGGCGGCCGGGCAGGGGCUGCAAUCCCAGCACCCUGGCAGGCCAAGGCAGGCGGCCGGGGGGUAGAGGCUGCCGCGAGGCCAGACCACGCCACCGCCCUCCAGCCCGGGCAACACCGAGCACUGGGUGAGCGAGACUCCGUCUGUAGUCCCAGUACCUCGGGAGGCUGAGGCGGGCAGAGCACUCGGCGUCAGGAGCUGGCGACCAGCGUGGCCAAGACGGCGAACGCGUGCCUGCAGCGAAAGGAGAAAAGGCAGGGAGCAGUCGCGCGCGCCGGCAGUCCCAGGCAGUCCGCGGCGCGGGCAGCAGCAAGGCGAGUAGACUGUAGCCUGGGCCAGAGAGGGGAAAGAAAAAAAAAGAAAAGAAAAGAAGAGAAGAGAAGAGAAAAAAGAAAAGAAAAGAAAAGAAGGAAGGAAGCGCCCUUUCUGUUUUAAAGGGUUUCACUGCCAUCAUUGCAGUGAAUGAGAAAGAGCAUGAAAAGGGAAAGGUUAUUCUACAAAUUCUACUGUUAAGGUCCUGAUCUGUAGUUUCUUAUCCCUUUGAAGAGAUGGCAGACUGGCUCCCAUUUUAUUUUUGAGGCUGAGUUUUAUUAGACCUUUGGUCUUCAAUGAACUGAGGAAGGUUCAGUGAGAGCAAGACACAAGGUCUCUGCCAUGGCCCCCUCAGGGUAGCUGCUGUGAUGCCAUUGCAGCUGGCUCCCACCGUGUGUGCCUCUCCCACCUCUCCAGCAGGUAACUAACUGUGCGUUUCCUGGAGGUCAUUAGAUUUCACUGAACUCAAUCUUUGUA